UGAGGGGAGCAAGGGUUGCCUCUGUCUGUUUCUUUUAGCUAAUCCCUAAAUCUUCUGUAAUCGGGAUGACAGGGGAAGAGCAUGCUGCCUGAUUUAGGACCACACACUUAGGACUUGGCUGGAGUGCUAACUGAUCAGACGACCUAACAGGCCAUUGAAAGACAUGGAGGGAGUAGGCAGAGUAGACCGCCAGACAGUUUGGGGAACUUCAACUUAACCACUUUCUCACGAGAGAAGGAGUCCUGUACAACAAGAUGUUCAAAAAGAAAGAGAAAAGAAGAGGACGUUCUGUGGUUGCAUUCAUCUAGGAUGACAAUGGUGUGGAGCAGACAAGACAUUCAUGGCUUCAAGUUCUUCAACAAGCAACGACCCCCACUUGGGCGCUGGCCCACAUGAGGAUUCAGAGAUCACCCCAGAUGAUUCUGACUCUGGAAGUGUCCUUUCUGAUGACUCAGUGCUUCCCAACUUUGAGAGAGAUGACAAGUAUGCAGAGCCACCUAAAACACUCUAUGAGGCAUGUGCUCGGAAUGAUCCCACAUCCCUGCAAAGGAUCUUGGAGAGGGGUGUUACCAAGGAAGAGGCCAUGGAGUUGGACAUUAAUGGAAGAAGUGGACUGAUGGUGGCGGUGUGCAAAGGAUUUGUGGACAUUGUCACCAUGCUGCAUGUGUGUCCUCUAAUAGACAUUAACCAUCAAGACAAUGAUGGCAACACUGCAUUGAUGAUCGCUGCCCAAGCUGGCUUUGCCACCAUUCUAAAUUACAUCAUGAACUACUACCCUGGUGUGGACACUGAGGUCAGGGAUCCUCGUGGCUUCACUGCUCUCAUCAAGGCUGGUCUGCAGGGCAGAGAAGACUGUGUGUCGGCCCUGCUAAUGCAUGGCGCAGAUAUGAAUGCAAUGGACCAUGUCCAGGGACGUGGCUUGAAAGAUUGGGUUUUGAGAACCGGACGAUUUGAGACAAUGAACAGAAUACGCCGACUGCAGGUCUUUCCUGUCGCUCAACAGUUUUGUGAGAACUACACUCCUGAGUGGCCUGAUCUUAAGCAGAUAGUGGAAAAAGCAACUGCCCAAAAAACAACAGGUCAGAAACUGAGGCAGUGCUUAAAGGACAACUUCACUUUCAGCUUCCCUCAGGACCCCCAAGACAAUGGAGUCAUGGACAACAUGGUGCGUAUGACCACAAGCAUCCACAGCCCCCUCAUUGCCACCGGUUGCCACCCACUGUGUCCCAGCAGCCCCCCUGAAAUUGGCAAGCGUCGUUUUGCUGUUCCCGAAUUACUUGACAAGCACAGCAACAAAGAGUUGGAGGAGAGCACCGUGUCACACAGCUACGGCUCCAUUACCUCCCCCUCUCCCAGCACUGCAUCAGUCCCCUCCGUAUCACUGACCUCCUGCUGCCAGGAGUCAGACCGUAGGGAGAGCAUGCCACCUGGGGGGAUUAGAGCCUUCAUUCCCCGCAGUAUUGCUCACAGGAACAGCAUCUUCCCCGCAGACUGCGUCCCUAAAAUUGAAGUGACCAGAUCUGGCGAGGCUACUCCAAAGAAAGAGAAGAAGAAGAAAAAGCAGAAGGGCUACCUGGAGCCUCCAGUAUGGAAAUAUAAGGCGGCCAAGGAGGAGAAGAAGAGGGAAAAGAAGGAAAAGGAGCAAGAGAGAAUGUCAAACGGUUCUAAACAAAACCAAUCAACGUAAUGCAACAUGGUGUGACUCAGAAGGUAGUGUGGCACUACAGAAUGUUGAGGGUUUCUGGUCCCUGCUGCUGUGUACUUGGGCGAAACACUUCACUCUUAUCCCAGUGCCACACACACUGGUGUAUGAAUGUGAAUUAAUUUUUGGUGCAAGUUGGCAGCCGCAUUCUCGUCAGUCCACCCCAGGGCAGCUGAGGCUACAAAUGCAGCUUACCACCAUCAACGUAUGACUGUGGUGUGCAUUAAAAAUACAUUCUCCAUGUAAUGCGCUUUUGGUCACUAUAAAAAAGUGCUACAUGAAUCUAAUCCAUUAUUAUUAUUAACACCCACAAAUGUAUGUUUUCUUUACUCACAGUGGUCAUGUGACAUGAGUUGCAGGACAUUGUUAAUGCCUAAUGGGAACAUAUGCAAUAUUGACUGAAUUCACAUGCUCAAUUAAAUGAGCAUUUAGUCAUUUUUAAAAUGUAGUUGUUUGCACUUACAGGGUAAUUACUUAAAGUAUACAUUGAGAACCAAAGUAAUGUGUCAUCAAGGCAAAGCAAAACAAUAAAUAAUAAAAUGCCUGAUUUUUAAAUGUUCAAACCUGUAUGUCCCCAUAGCAGGUCACAUUAAAAGAAAUUACUCCAACAGUAAAUGACAAAUCCAUUCCUUUUGCAAAAACAUUUUAAUCCCUAAUAUUUACAACCUAGUUUGAGCACUUUUAUUUCCAAAAGUAAAUGGCUUUACUUCUGCAAAAUGUCACACCCUGGAAUAGAACAUACAGAAGUUCCUUAAAUUACAAGCUUCAAGGUGCUGAUUUGAUUGAUUGAUUGAUUGAAACUUUUAUUAGUAGAUUGCACAGUACAGUGCAUAUUCCAUACAAUUGACCACUAAAUGUUAACACCCGAAUAAGUUUUUCAACUUGAUUAAGCUGUUUGCAACUGUCUCACAGUAACAUUUUUCAAAGCAAAAAAAAACCAAGAACACCACCAGCUAGCUUGUAUUACCAAUAGUGGUUUAACAGAACACAUUUCUUUGACAAUUGGUUAUAUUUUUAACAAUUCCAAAGUGUAUGUAAUAAAAAAAGAUUUACCGCCCCGAAACAAAUGUUUGGGUAUAACGGCUGUCACUCACCCGGUCUCAUCAACACGGCAUGUUCUGAUUUGUUUCUACAUUUAAAACACUUCCUUGUGUUCUACAUAACAUGUAAUGGUGGUUGUUUGGUUCAAAUGUUGCAUAAAUUAAGUUUUACAGGACAUUUUCAAGUCGCUUUCUGACAGUCUCUUCAGAAUCCACCAUUUUUUGGGCGGUCUAAUUUACAUGCCUCUACUUCGACUGUGUUUUCUCCCCGUCAGACAAGUUGCAGUUUUUAGCGCUUCCAUAUCAAGUCUACUGACAGAUAUAAGUUAGAACUGUAAGCUACUUUGUAUUAGAAAUGGCAACAGCGAAGGAGGUAUGUGCAUGUAGUCUCCCCCACAACAAGAGGAUACAGAAAAAGAAAUAACUUAAUGACUACAACGUCGGACAUCUAAGCUCUUCGGGUAAAACUUUACUAUAUAUAGAGAUAUCAGCUGAUGUUACUAAUGGGAAUAACGUCACAAUUGGGGCAAACUCAAAACGACUCGUUUGGAGGAAGUAUAAACGAAGAUUAUUUUAUAAAUAUCUACGCCAUGCCUAACAGGUCGCCUUUAAGUUAGGCACUCUUCAGUUGGGAUAUUACCUGUACUGCAUAACAUAAAAAGUAGCUUUCUCUCUGUAUGCUAUAUGCUGUGUAUGCUAUAUGUAGCACUAGCGUCUACCAGAUGCCUUUUAUAUGUAUUUUAAUUUUUUGAAUUAUUAUGAAUUACUCAGGGGUUGAGCUGGACUCAUGAUUCUCUUUUCUGUCUACAAGUUGUCCUCCAAAUAAAUGUGAACAAUUCUAUGCUUCCAACGUUGUAAAAUAAAAAUAAAAAAGUCAGCUUGACAAAGGUGUGCUCGCAUGAGUAUGGAGUGAAAUAACUGUAGAGCUCUGACCUCAACCACUGGGAUGAACUAUAGGCCGAUAAGAUGAUCUCAGGAAUGCUCUAAUGCAUGGGUGUCAAGGGGUUGUAGGGGGGGUGUAUUUUGUAGUGGCCCGGAAGAGUUAAUGCUGCAAAGGGUUCUGGGUAUUUGUUCUGUUGUGUUUAUGUUGUGUUACGGUGCGGAUGUUCUCCCGAAAUGUGUUUGUGUCAUUCUUGUUUGGUGUGGAUUCACAGUGUGGCGUAUAUUUCUAACAGUGUUGAAGUUGUUUAUACGGCCACCCUCAGAGUAACCUGUAUGGCUGUUGAUCAAGUAUGCGUUGCAUUCACGUGUGUGUGCAUACAGAAGCCGCACAUAUCUUGUGACUGGGCCGGCACGUUGUUAGAAUGGAUGAAAAGCGGACGUGACGACAGCUCGUAGAGGACGUUAUAGGCAAUGCCUUUAAGGCACGCCCCCAAGACUGUGGUCCGGGUGGACUACGAGAUAUAAUGACUAAUGAACACCUUCGUUCGAUAAUGAAGGUUGCCUCAGCUCAAAGCCUGAGCCCCGACAUUAAUGAACUAGCAUCCAAGAAAAGAUGCCAGGUAUCUGGCUUGGGCACAUCAGAUUAGAUCAGUGUGUUGCAAACCGAGCAGUUUAAAGUCCUGAAUGGUUGUUUUAUUCAUUGUUAUUUAUUUAUUUAUUUAUUAGCCUGUGGAAAAAGUUAAUGUUGAUAUUUACCUCAGAAGGCUGCAAAUAGAAAAGAGGCAUUCAAUUUUUUUUUUAUAGUAUUUCAUAUGCCAUUGAUAUUUUUUUAUUAUUGUUAUUAUUAUUUGAAACUCGAUUUUGCAUGUCACUAUAAAGUUAUAUAAGCCUUGCUUGUUCAAUAUUCAAUGCAAAACUUGUUUGGGUCCCUAUUAAAAGGUUAAUUUGUUCAACCUUGGCCCGCGGCUUUGCUCAGUUUAAAAUUUUGUCCCGCUCUGUAUUUGAGUUUGACACCCCUGCUCUAAUGGGUGAAUGGACAAUAAAGAU